CUUCCGGUGAACUUCCUGGUUUUGUUUGCAUAGUGGCUAACUUUGCUAGCUAUGUCAUUUCCAACUAUUUAAAACGCUCUUUGUAUGUCCGUGAGUCAAACUGUGUUGGAAACGUUAAAACGCACUCUCUCGUCGACAAGACCUGCAAUGGCCUGCUCUUAGUCAUGCAAGUAACGUUAGUUGAAAUGUAGUAUCUGUUAGCUGACGGCUAACUUGACAGCUAAUGUAGCUUGGAUAGGAAUAGGAUGUGCUGUUAGGAAGUUAGCCAGCCAACACUGAUUAUGUUUCUGCUUAUUCGUCUGUUAUGCUUCUACUUGUUUUAAAUAACUUUUGCGCUAUGGACACCGAGGGAAUAGAGAUCCGUAUAAAGACUCCCGUCGGGGAUAUGGACUCAUCCGUGGACUGCCCAUCACUUUUGAGCUUCAAUGACUUGAUGGUCGCUAUAAGGGAUGUCAUGCCCGAAACCACAAUCACUGCGUUUGAAUAUGAGGAUGAGGUGGGCGAUAGAAUCACUGUGAGGAGUGAUGAAGAACUCAAAGCCAUGUUGUCAUAUUACUGCAAUAAUGUGAAGGAGCAGCGGAUGAAUGGCCUACUGCCUGAGCCUCUCCAGAUAUUUCCUCGAGCCGGCAAGACUCCAGGGAUCCGGAACAUACACGGCCUGAAGGUGAACACAAGGCCCAAUGACUGCUCCCCCGCCGCCAUCGGCUCUAUACCCAACAAUAGUCCCAGUCUAAAGAAGUCCUCCGCAGAGCUGAAGAAGAUUUUGACUAAUGGACAGAUCAAUGGCCAAGACAUACAAUACCAGGAGCAGCUUGGCCAUGGAAACGGAGGGACCGUGUACAAAGCGUACCAUCUUCUCGGCAACAGAGUGUUGGCGGUGAAGGUCAUUCCUCUGGAUAUCACAGUGGAGCUACAGAAACAGAUCAUGUCCGAGUUGGAGAUCCUCUACAAGUGUGAUUCCUCCUACAUCAUAACCUUCUACAGUGCCUUCUUUGUGGAGAACAGGAUCUCCAUAUGCACAGAGUAUAUGGACGGUGGCUCUCUGGACGUAUACAGGAGGAUCCCAGAGCAUGUGUUGGGUAGGAUCUCUGUGGCGGUUGUGAAAGGCCUAACCUAUCUAUGGACCCUGAAGAUUCUUCACAGAGCUGUUACUGUAUGUACUUGUCUCUGUGACGUGCCUUCCAACAUGCUGGUCAACACUAGAGGUCAAGUGCUCUGUGACUUUGGAGUCAGCACGCAGUUGGUGAAUUCCAUCGCCAAGACGUAUGUGGGAACGAACGCCUACAUGGCACCGGAGAGGAUAUCUGGGGAGCAGUAUGGUAUCCAUUCAGACGUCUGGAGCGUGGGCAUCUCCUUCAUGGAGUUGGCACUGGGCGCUUUCCCCUAUCCACAGAUUCAGAAAAACCAAGGAUCUUUAAUGCCUCUCCAGUUACUGCAAUGCAUCGUUGAUGAGGAGCCUCCUGUUCUUCCUGUGGGUCAGUUCAGCCAGACGUUUGUCCACUUCAUCACACAGUGCAUGAAGAGACUCCCCAAAGAGAGGCCUGCUCCUACCAACCUUAUGGACCAUGCCUUCAUCCUGCUCUACGACGAUGGCAAUGCGGAGGUGGUGUCCAUGUGGGUGUGUCGCUGCCUAGAGGAGAGGAGAGCCCAGGCUCAGGGACAGAUGUGACCCCGUAAACACAGGAGAGCACAGAGAAGUUAAGCGGUCAAGGGUAUCAUGUAGGGCCAGGAUGAUACCAGUAUCUCUAUACUCGUUAAUAUCGUGGCAAAGAAACAAAACACAAAGCGCUUUUAACUUUGUUAGGAAAACAGUCCUGAUGUUGGAAACAAACAUCAUUAUGAUGUCAUUCAGAGUCACAUGUAUUUAUUUUCUAUCUAUAGCUCACAAUAUUUUACAUACAGCAGGUGUUUAAAGGACUGAAAGAGUUUGGUAUGCUUUGUGUUUACAUUUUUCCCAUAGAAACAAUAUUGCGAUACUGGUAUUGUGCCGGCCCUAAUAUCAUGCCCCAAUCUCUCUGGACUUUCACCAUUCGUGAACCCCAGGAGUGGACAGUAGAUAUCAAAGACACGGUUUCUAAAACGUAUUGAAGACGUCCAUGGUGUAAAGAGGGCGUCUGUACGUCCAACGUCAGUAAGCCAAGAGGAUACUGGAUCUUUACAACUCAACGUUCGUUGCAAGUGGAACGUUGUUAUCUGGGCCCUUGGCGUGUUGACUGAUGUCUUGAUGGUGUAUCCUGGCGACUCUUACACUCCAAACCUGGCUGUGUGUUGACGCUGCUUUAUCAAUGAAUUUACAAGUGACUGGGGCUUAUUCCGUGACUGUUUGCCUACAUAGUUAUUUCUAACUCAGAGAGACUUUAGACAGAAUGUCAGAGUAAGUGAUCAACGAUGAGAUGGGCGUGAAAACCCAAAUGGCUUUACAAUAACAAAGAAGUGCUAUUUUCCAGGAUGACGCUCGGAUAACCUGUUACGCUUUAUUGUUGGCAGCUUUCUAGUGAAUGUGGAGGUGUGCCGGUGUGUACGGCAGUAACCCAUGUGUGUGUACGGCAGUAACCCAUGUGUGUGUACGGCAGUAACCCAUGUGUGUGUACGGCAGUAACCCAUGUGUGUGUACAGCA